AUGGGUUUGAAACUGAAAAAUGUCUUGCCAAUGUUUGUGUUCUUGUUGUUAGCAUCCACAGCUAAAGCUCAAUCUGCUGCGUUAGAUGUGACAAGUGAAAAAUAUGGUGGAAAGCCAGACUCUGAUAUUACCCAGGCUUUAGAGAAGGCUUGGACAGAUGCAUGUGCAUCAACAGCACCAAGUAAAAUUGUUGUUCCAAAGGGAACAUUCAAGUUUGUAGGAACAACUUUUAAAGGUCCUUGCAAGGCUGCUAUUGAGUUUCAACUCCAAGGAACAUUGCAGGCUCCAGCAGAUGGCAGCCAGCUCCCGAAGGACGACACUUGGAUUGGUUUCGACAACGUCAACGGGCUCACCUUGUCAGGUGGUGGAACUUUUGAUGGCCAAGGAGCACUGUCUUGGAAAAACAAUGAUUGCAACAAAAAUACACAAUGCAAAUCUAAACACAUUAAUUUGAGGUUCCACUUACUCACCAAUUCCAAAAUUUUGGAUGUAACUUCAAAAGAUAGCAAAAAUUUCCACGUCAAUCUUUUGAAGUGCGAGAAGGUUGAAAUCAACGGAUUUACCAUCUCAGCACCUAAGGAAAGCAUGAACACAGAUGGAAUUCACAUCGGUCGUUCAACUGGGAUCAACAUCACUGACACAACCAUCGGAACUGGGGAUGAUUGUAUUUCGAUCGGUGACGGUACCAAGGACCUCACUGUGACCAACGUUACUUGCGGGCCAGGCCACGGCAUAGCCAUUGGAAGCCUUGGAAGGUACCCAGAGGAAGAACCCGUGUCUGGCAUCAAUAUUAAGAAAUGCACCUUGACUAAUACAACGAAUGGUGUGAGGAUCAAAACAUGGCCUGCUUCCCCAAAAGAUGGCACUGCCUCGGAUAUUCACUUUGAGGAUAUUACCAUGGUUAAUGUUGGUAACCCUAUCCUCAUUGACCAAGAGUACUGCCCAUGGAACGAAUGCAAAAAAGGGGCUCCUUCCAAAGUUAAGAUCAGUAAUGUUAGCUUCAAGAACAUCAAGGGCACCUGUACCGACCCAGUUGCUGUGAAGCUUGCGUGCAGCCCAGGCCUGCCAUGUGAGAAUGUGGAAUUGAGUGACAUUGAUCUCAAGUACACUGGAGACAAAGGCCCUAUUACCUCUGUGUGUUCUAAUGUCAAGCCGACAAUUAAUCGCGUGGCACAGCCUCUUGCUUGCGCUACCGAUGCUGCUGCUGCUGCUCCUGCUGCUGCUGCUGCUACUGCUGCUGCUACUGCUGCUGCUGCUGCUGCUGCUUGA